UGUCGAAAUGACGUCCGGCCCUGUACUGUAUUAAAAAGAAGAAUAAGAAGAACAAGUUGACAUUCAGUGCAAAACAAAAUAAAAGGAAGUGCGAAAGAAAAAAAGAAAUUAGAGAAGAAAAUCAAGUGAAAUCAAGUGAAAAUUUAGUUAAAUUAAAUUGAAAACAUUGCAAGUGAACGUUAAGAAAGAAAGAAGUGGCCAAGAGCCGGAAUUUCAAGGUCAUUUUUGCCUCGCAAAAAAGGGCAAAAAUGGUCGAUGUGGUCCCAGGGGUUUAGGAGCAGCCAAUAAUUUUGGAUGCGCCCUAAACACUGUAGACUUCCCGAUCGUCUCGUGGUCGGGAAGUUCCCCUUGUGGGAUAAAUUACCAAAAAAUCAAACACAAACAAACAAAAACACAUAUAAACCACUCUAAACACAUACAGAAAAAAAUACAUUUAAAAAAAUUAAACCAAAUACAUAUAAAGAAACCUCUAAAAUUGUAUGGAGGUGGAUUUAAAAAGAAAAAACUAUGUGUAGUUAAAAAUAAAAAAUACUUUGAAAAUUUAGGUAUUGUAAAACCGACUAUAAUAAUAAGAGGAUCUUACUAUCAAGAUAAUUUAACACUUUUUGGUCCCAUAUCAAAUAAUAAACAAUGUACGGCAAAUGCCAUAAUAGCAAUAAUUGCAUCACAUUUAUAUAAAACAGAAAAUUGGAAUGAAAAUCUUAUAAAUGAAAUUUUAAUUGAAGGAGAUAAACUUUAUAAUAAAAAUAUUGAAAAAGCGCAUGAAGGUUUACUAAAUGCUGAAGAUAUUGUUGAUAAAGACGAUAAAAACAUUUCUGUGUUUGGAAAAGAAAUUGCUCUAAAUUGUGUAACAUCAUGUUAUGAAGAAUUGCAAGGAGAAUUUUAUGGAAAAUUUGAAUAUAAAUCUUUUGAAUAUUCACUCAAAUACUUUUUUGAUCAUUUCGCAUAUGGUGUAAUUACAUGUUCUAAUUUAAGUGUAGCAAUAUUUAAACAAGAUGAAUAUUUUUAUAUUUACGAUAGUCAUUCAAGAGGUGAAUUUGGUCAAAUAGAAUACAAAAGAGGUACAGCAGUCCUUUGUGGAUAUAGUCAUAUUGAUCAUAUAUACAAUAUUUUGAAAUACAAUUUCUUUCAUGGUAAUGAAAAUUAUAGUGGUGAAAAAUGGUUCACAAUCACUCCUUUUGAAAUAUCAAAAAGUUAUAUUGAAAAGGAAAGUGAAAAGAGUGAACAAUUUGACACCACAAUGUCAAAUACAAACAUAAUUAAUUCAAUAAACGAUACUUCUAACACACUAAGCUCAACAAAAGUUGUAAGUCAAACAGAACAUUCAAUGAGUAAAUAUAUUUUGAAAAGGAAAAGAGAGCAACAUAAAGUUUAUAUUAAAAAAGUACAUGAAAUUGAAAGAACAGACCCAAUUAAAAAAGAAAAAGACAAUGUAAGAAGAAAGAUAGAGCGAAAAAUUGAACGAAUGGAUCCGAAUAAAAAAGAACAAGACAACAAAAAACGAACUGAAAGACGUAAAAUAGAAGAGUUAGAUCCAAAUAAAAAAGAUAAAAAUAAUAUGAAGAGAAAGGAAAGACAUAAAAUUAAACGAACAGAUCCUGUUAAGAAAGAAGAAGAAAAUGAAAAACGAACUAAAAGACGUAAAAUAGAAAGGUUAGAUCCAAUUAAAAAAGAAAAGGACAAUGUAAGAAGAAAGAUAGAGCGAAAAAUUGAACGAAUGGAUCCGAAUAAAAAAGAAGAAGACAACAAAAAACGAACUGAAAGACGUAAAAUAGAAGAGUUAGAUCCAAAUAAAAAAGAUAAAAAUAAUAUGAAGAGAAAGGAAAGACAUAAAGUUGAAAGAACUAAUAAAAAUAAAAGAGAUAUAGAAAAUGUUAAACGUAAAAAUCGACACAAAAAAGAAAGAAUGGACCCUAAAAAAAGAGCUAAGGAAAAUCUAGCAAGAAAAAUAAGACUUAACCUAGAACGUAAGCGAGUUAAAAUUAAGAAUAUUAUAAAAAUGUUGAGAUAUGAAAAAUCUAUGUAUAAGAAAACAAAUAUAUUUGAAGAUUUCAAAUCAAUUAAAGAUAAACGUUUGAUUACUUUUUACAGACGAAAUAUUAAUACAAAAAGAUUGAAAGAAAAAUACAAAAGCAUUCGAGAAAUAAAGGACAAAAAUAAUGUAACUGAUAAUUCUCCUAAAAAUAAAGAAUCAUAUGAAAAACUAAUUAUGCAAUUUAGAAAAAAUAAAACAAAAUCUCUUGAAAAAAUGAUUAAAAAACCUCUAAAGAAAAAGAUAAGUAAAUACAUGAAACACAAAAUAAUUCAAAUAAAAGACAAAAGUAAAACAAUAUUAGAAUUCUUCAAUGUAACUCGAAAAAAGGUUCCAAAUUAUGUUUGUGCAUCUUGUGAAGGACUAUUUUUUAAACAUUCAGUUCAACUUUUGAAGAUUGAAAAAUGUAAAUAUCACGAUAAAAAUUAUUUGGAUGAAAUAAGUAAAAUAUCUGAUUAUUGCUGUACAACAUGUUAUAAUUCUCUUAACAGAAACAAACUGCCCACAUUGGCAACAAAGAAUGGACUUAAAUUUCCAGAAAUUCCUGAAUGUCUUUUAGAAUUGAACGAACUUGAAGAGAGAAUGUGUUCACCAAUUAUCCCUUUUAUGACAAUUCGUGAAUUGAAGCAUUACCUAUUGAAUGCACAAAAAAGUUUGAAAGGAAGCACAGUACAUAUUCCUGUAGAAGUCAAUGAAAUGCUACAAGUUUUGCCUCGAACAUUUGACAAUAUGCAAACCGUUCAGGUAAAACUACUAAGGCAUAUGAAAUACAAAAAUCACUACAUGUUUCAAACUGUUAGACCCCCAUAUAUUAUUAAAGCUAUGAAAUAUUUGGUAACUACACCUUUGUACAAAGAAAAAAAUAUUAAACUAGAUGAAAAAUAUGUAAAUCUUAAUGAAAAUGUUAACGAAAUUAAUUUUAUAGUAGACCCCAAAGAUGAUGAAGUUGAUAUAUAUGAUAAAGAAACACAAAAAAUAUUUAAUAUAUAUGAUGCCGAAACACAAAAAAUAUUUAAUGUAUAUGAUCUUGAGACUCAAAAAUUAGAUGAUGUAUAUGAUAAAAUAACACAAAAAAUUAUUAAUAUUUAUGAUUUGGAAACACAAAAGCUUGAUGAUAUUUAUGAAAAAGAGACUCAAAAAAUUAUUGAUAUAUAUGAUGUGAAAACACAAAAAAUAGAAAAUGAAAAUGUAAUUAAAAGCACAAUUGAUUUGACACAAAUGAGAAACGAAUUAAAUAAUAAUAAUCCAACUGUAGAACAAAAUAAAAAUGACUUGAAAAAUAUUUUGGAAGAAACUAUUCUAAGAGAUACAAAUAUAUUAAAAUUUUGGCAAUUAGCCAAUAAACAAUUCCCUACAAAUGUAAUGCAAGAUCUCCUUUAUAUAAAUGCAGGAGAAUUGCAAAGGCAACAAAGAACUUAUAUAAAGAAAUUUCCAAAAGAUUGUAGAAACAUACAAAUACUAUUUUUGAAGCCAACACAACCAAAUGGCAUAGGACAUUAUGUAACAACUUUACAUGAAAAUGGCACUAUACACGUAUACGACUCUCUACAUUUGCAAAAACUCGAUCAAGAUUGUAUUAAUUUUCUAAAUGAUAUAUACCCAGAAUCUCUUGUAGAUGGAAAAGUGCAAAUUAUAUUUGAGAAAACAUUUCAACAAGACGAUAGCCUAUCAUGUGGAGUACAUGCAAUAGCUAAUUCUAUAACCCUUCUCUAUGAUCUUAAUCCAAGCCAUAUGUCAUACAAUGUAAAAGAAAUGAGAAAACAUUUGUACAAUAUGCUCUGUUCUCAAAAAAUCGCAAUGUUCCCAGUUAACUUAGAAGAACAAAAUGAUGUACCAAUGAUAGAAAUUUCAAUGAACAAUUCACAAAUUAAAACACAACCUAAAAAUAAAAAUACUGAAGAUGAUAGAGAAAAAAUACUAGAAAAUUGCUAUCUUACUGAUAAGCAUAUAUAUGAUUUUUGGAUUCUAUCAAAUGAUCAAUUUAAAAAUAAUGUAAUGCAAGAUAUUUUGUUUAUAAAUGCUGAAUCUCUUAAACAACAACAAGAGUAUAUACAAAAAUUCCCUAAAGAUUUUAGAAAUGUUCAAAUACUAUUUUUGAAACCAAAAUACGAAAAUGAGAUUGGUCACUAUGUUACAACACUACACGAGAAUGGCAUAAUAUAUGUAUAUGAUUCCCUAUUUUUGCAAAGACUCGAUCAAGAUUGCAUAGCGUUUUUGAAAACUAUAUAUCCAGAAUCAAUACAAAAUGAUAAAAUUGAACUUAAGUUUGAAAAGACUUUCCAACAAAAUGAUAGCUUAUCAUGUGGAGUACAUGCAAUAGCUAAUACUGUAACCCUUCUUCAUAAUUUAAAUCCAAGUCUUAUAUCAUACAAUGUAAAAGAAAUGCGAAUACAUUUGUAUAACAUGCUAAAUUCAAAAACUAUAACAAUGUUUCCUAUUGAUUUGCAAAAAGAAACAAAAACUAAAUCUCAAGAUAUUAUUACAAGUAAAGUACCGGAAAAUAAUAUUCCAGUAAAACAAGAAAAUCCUGAAGAAGUACCAGAUGAAUUUGAUCUAAUAGAUGAAGACGUAAUGAUUGUUAAUUUGGACGAUAUAGAAAUUAAACAAGCUCAAAUUCAAAUGAUGGCCCCUGGAAUGAACAAACGUCCUGUUUAUUCACGUACCGAAAAAAAUUUGGAAGAAUUGUCAUUUAUAAAAAUUUAUGGAGGUCACAAGAUAGAAAAUCAAAGUAUCUCAUAUUCAAACCGCAUUAAAGCUGAAUGUAGAAAUAGAGAUAGAAGAUGCGCAAAUCCAACUAAAGUACUUUAUUCAGCUAAUGAAAAAAUGCAAAGAUCCAUUUUUAGCGCAGUAAAUGUUUGUUUGAGAAAAAGUAAGAAUGUCGAAAAUAUGACAGCAAAAGAUGCUCUUACUGAUGGAUAUUUGGAUAAACUUAGAGAACAUGAUGAUGGUUAUAAUUUCCUAAAAACAAUUAAUCUUACACCUGCUUAUUGGGCAUGGAAAAAGAAUCUCCUUCUCCAAAUGAUAAAACAACUAGGAAAACCUACAUUGUUUUUGACACUAACCAUAUCAGAAACGCGUUGUCCAGAACUCAUUCAAGAACUUGCUAGACUCCAAGGAAUGGAUCUAUCUCUUGAAGAAAGUAUGUUCUUGAGUGAAGACAUGAAAACACGUCUAGUUCGUGAUGAUCCCGUAACUUGCGCACGAUAUUUUGAUGAAAAAUGUAAAAAUAUAAUAAAAAUGCUGCAAAUUAAUCCAGCAAGAGAAAAGAAUAGAAUAGGUCCCUUUGGUAAACAUUAUGUAGUUGAUUACUUUGUAAGAACAGAAUUCCAAAUGCGAGGAAGUGCCCAUCAACAUAUUUUGUUGUGGCUAAAUGAUUUCCCACAAAUUGAUGAAAGUAAUCCUGAAACUUUUGAAGAAGCAAUUAAAAUAAUUGAUCAAAUAAUUACUUGCCAAUAUAAAGACCCCAAGGAUUUGCCAUAUAUUAAAAGACAAAUGCACAUACAUUGUAGUACAUGCUAUAAAAAGAAGAAAGAUAAAUGUAGAUUUAAUUAUCCAAUUCCACCACUUGAUAAAACUGAAAUACUAUUGCCAAUACCAAAAGAAGAAAAAACUGAAAAAAUGAAAGAAAAUUAUCAAAAAAUUUCAAAUCUAACAGCAUAUUUUUCACAUAAACAUGAAGAAAUGAGUUUCCCAGAUAUUUUGAAAAAACUUAAAAUGACUAGAGAAGAAUAUAUAAUGGCUUUGAGAUCUAAUAUUAAACGUUCACGCAUGUUUCUUAAACGUUCAAGUAAAGAAGUAAAUAUUAAUGCUUAUAAUGAAACUCUAAUAAUGUGUAUAGAAUCAAAUAUGGAUAUACAAUUUGUUGUAGAAAUUUUUGCUCUAGCUAAAUAUGUCGCUGAUUAUGUAUCAAAAGCUGAAGCAGGAGUAUCAAAAAUGUUGAAAGAAAUUAAUGAUGAAACUAAAAAGCAAGGAAAUGUAACAUUGAGAGAAAAAAUGUGUAAAAUGUGUAAUGGUAUAUGUAAUUGUAAAUUUAUGUCAGCACAAGAAGCUGCUAUGUCAUGUCUAUGUAUGCCUAUGUCAAGAUGUAGUAGAUCAAAUGUUGUAAUUAAUACUAGACCAAUUAAUGAACGGGUCAGAAUUUUGAAACCGAAUGCACAACUAAAAAAAUUGGAUAAAAAUUCCAAAAAUAUAUUUGCUGAAAGUAUUUUUGAUAAAUAUAGUAAGCGAGAUAAUGAGUUGGAAAAUGUAACACUCAUUGAAUACGCAGCAGAUUAUUAUAUGAAAAAGAAAACAGACGAUGAAGAAGAAAACGAUGAUGAUGUUACAGAAUAUGGUAUGAGAAAAAAAUCAAAAAUUGUAAUGUACAAGGGAUAUAAAGAAUUUCAAGAUCCCAAUAAUUAUUAUCGAGAACAAGUUUUGCUAUUUUUACCAUGGCGAAAUGAAAAAGAAGAAAUUGAAGAUUGUGACUGUAGAAUUAAGUAUAUGAGCAAUAGACAAACCAUAAAUGCUGUAAGAAAGAAAUUUUGUUACUUUAACGAUGAUGGUGUAUUGACACAAAUUAUACGAGAUAGAGAAAAUGAAAAUGAUGAUGAUCAUGUCCCAGAAAGAGAUAAUCCUGUGGAUUCUGAUCAGGAAAUUGAUAUGUUUCCAGAUGAAAAAGGUGGUAGCACUAGCAAUAAAAAGGCAUAUCAAUAUGUUUGCCCAGAAAGAAUUCAAAAAGAAGAUAUUUGUAAAAAUUUGCAACAACUAAAUGUUAAACAACGUGAAAUAGUAAUGUAUAUUUAUCAAUGUAUAAGAACUGGCAAUUUACCACUAAGGAUUUUCCUCUCCGGUUCAGCUGGUGUUGGGAAAUCCAAAGUGAUCAAUUGCCUAUAUCAACUCAUAACACAGUAUUAUGAUAAUUUGCCAGGUAGUAACCCUGAAUCUAUAAAAGUACUUCUAACUGCCCCUUCAGGAAAAGCAGCAUUUUUGAUCAAUGGUAUGACAAUACAUACUGCCUUUGCAAUUAAUAAUACAAAAUGCACAGACUCUUUGUCGCCUGAUGCAGCCAAUACAAUUCGAUCAAAAUUGAAAGAUGUAAAAGUACUAAUUGUAGAUGAGAUAUCUAUGGUAGGUUCAAAUAUAAAUUCUAAAAUGGAUAAUAGAAUGAGACAAAUAUGUGGCGUAAAUGAAAGUUACGGCGGAAAAUCUGUAAUAUUUGUAGGAGAUUUGAAGCAAUUGAAACCUGUAAAAGAUAAAUACGUUUUUGAGAAAAAUCUAUUGCGUACCGAAGCUGAAUUUAUUGAUUAUGAAGAAAGAAAUGUACUAUGGGAAGAAUUUAAGUAUUAUGAAUUGACUGAAAUUAUGCGUCAAAAAGAUGAUUUGUCAUUUACCGUAGCACUAAAUAAUUUGGCUAAUGGUACAAUGACAGAAGACGACAUAAAACUAAUUCAAUCAAGACAAGUUGAAAAUGAUGAUAAAGUACCCUUAGAAGCUAUAAGGCUAUUUUAUUAUCGAAAACAUGUCCGAAGCUAUAAUAGUAAUAAAAUUGAAAAUUUCCCUGGUGAUACUCAUUUAUCUGUAGCAAAAGAUAAAGUAUUAGAAUCAAACACCACAGAUAAAAAGGCUAAAGAAGAUAUACUAGCCAAAGUUGCAAUUCAAGACCCAGAAAAAACUGGUGGAUGUUUUUAUGAAUUGAAAUUGAAAAUCGGUAUAAAGUAUAUGGUCAUUAAUAAUAUAGAUGUUGAAGAUGGACUAGUUAAUGGUGCAACUGGUACUCUUCGACAUAUAACUUUUAAUCCAACCGAUAAUUCAGUUCACACUGUUUGGCUAGAAUUUCCUGAAGAAAGAGUAGGAAGAAAAUUGAAAUGUCAAGCUCGCUUUCAGAGCUACCUCACAAAAAAUAGUCUUCCAAACAAUCUUGUUCCAAUUGAAAGACAAGUAAUCACAUUUGAUUUUUCAGAAAAAUCAAAAACUGUAAUAAUUGCUAGAAAACAAUUGCCACUAAUACCAGGUGAAGCUGUAACUAUACAUAAAAGUCAAGGGCAGACAUAUAAUUCAAUUUGUAUUGACUUUACAAAAGGAGAGCAGCUAAAUAUUAAUCUAAUUUAUGUUGCAUUUAGCAGAGUUGUAUCACUAUUAGGUUUGUUUAUAAUUGGCAAAUUUAAAGUACCAAAGGCCCAAGGUGAAGAUCACCCAGUACAGAGAGAAAUGAAAAGAUUGAAAAAUGAAAAAUUACUCAUAAUUCCCAUGCAAAAGAUUCUAUGUGAAAAUAAAGAUAAGUUUAAAAUUUGUUAUCAAAACAUUGUAUCUUUAAACAAACAUUUUAAUGAUGUACAAUGUGAUGUUUGGUACAAAAACUUUGAUAUAAUUGUACUUUCAGAAACAAAAACUAUAAAAGAUACUGAUGUACCAAUUUUGGAAAAUUAUAAAAUUAUCUAUAGAUGUGAUAAUGAAAUACAAAAAAUUGGAGGACUACUCUGUUAUGUAAAGAAUGAUUGUAAAAUUGAAAUUAAAAUCAAAUCUGAACAACUUUACUCAAAUAGAGAAAAAGUUUUCAGUGUCACCCUAUUCCUAAUUGAAAUCAAUAAUAAUUUGUCAAUAAUCACUGGAUAUAAAUCACCACAAACUCCAUUUGCAAAGUUUAAGAAUUCAUUUGACAAUUUGUACUCUCAUGUUGCAAAUCAGUCUGAGGUGAUAAUAAUGGGUGAUUUUAAUUUUAAUGCAUAUGAAGGAAAGGAAGACAAGAAUUUUGUAAAACUAAUGAAAGAAUAUAAUUUGAGCAAUCAAUUGGAUCCCAAAGGAUCAACAACAAAGUGUGACAAUCAAUUGGAUAUAAUUUUUGCAAAUAUUGUAAAUCCUAUUGUCACAGGAAUUUAUGAAAGUUACUUUUCAGACCAUAAGCCUGUAUAUUGUAUGUUAAAUAUAGUUAAAAACUAAUUGAAUGGAACAGAUCGAAAAGGGCACUAUUCGUUUUUUACGUCAUUUUUUUUUCAACUUCAGUUUAUAUUUUUGUCUUUAAAAAUAUAAUUCUGUCGAAAAAAAUGAAUUAGUUACAAUUAAAUGCUUUACUUUAUUUCAAUAUUUCAAUCAAUUAUUUUUGGUUGGAAUAGAAAUACAUGAUAAAGCCAUUUUUUUUAUUUAAAUCGUGCGAAAUUGUGCCCUUCUCGAUCUGUUCCACUUAUAUAAAAAAUAAUAAUAAUAAAAAAAAACUUGUACAAAAAAUGUAAAUGUAAAUAAAUGUAUGAAAAUUUCCAAUUUUAUUUUUUUACGUUCAACCAUUUUUUUGUAAUAUUGAAAGGAUAAUAAAA